GAUGGCAGUUACAGGGCUUUUGAUGAGUAUGAAGGGAUUGAGGUGGCCUGGAACCAGGUGAAGCUUUGUGACUUCCUCCAGAGCCCUGAGGAUCUGGAGAGGCUCUACUGUGAGAUCCACCUCCUCAAGACCCUCAAGCACAAGAACAUCAUGAAGUUCUACACCUCCUGGGUUGACACCUCCAAGAGGAACAUCAAUUUUGUCACUGAGAUGUUCACCUCUGGCACUCUCAGGCAGUACAGGCAGAAGCAUAGAAGGGUUAACAUCAGGGCGGUGAAGCAUUGGUGCAGGCAGAUCCUGAGGGGUCUCCUCUACCUCCACAGCCAUGACCCCCCCAUCAUCCACAGGGACCUCAAGUGUGACAACAUCUUCAUCAAUGGGAACCAAGGAGAGGUCAAGAUCGGCGACCUCGGCCUCGCCGCCAUCCUCCGGAAAUCACACGCCGUCCAUUGCGUAGGCACACCGGAAUUCAUGGCCCCAGAGGUGUAUGAAGAGGAAUACAAUGAAUUGGUGGACAUUUAUUCUUUUGGGAUGUGCAUCUUGGAAAUGGUCACCUUCGAGUACCCGUACAGCGAAUGCACGCAUCCGGCGCAGAUCUACAAGAAAGUUAUCUCUGGGACCAAGCCUGAAGCUUUGUAUAGAGUUAAGGAUCCUGAGGUGAGGCAAUUUGUGGAAAAAUGCUUGGCCACGGCUUCCCGAAGGCUUCCUGCUAGAGAGCUUCUACAGGACCCAUUUCUCCAAAGUAAUGAUCGUGGUGUGGUAUAUGAAGAGGGAGAAUUGAGCAUUGUGGGCCAUAUCAUGAAGCAACCUUCUCUUGAUCUUCUUCCAAGUAAUGGUUUGUUGUACGCUAAUGGAUUCUCUGACGGUCUCCAUCAGGAAAUAGAAAAUGGAUGGGACUACCAUGCUGCUGACAUAGAAAACCAUGGAAUGGACCUUUUCAACGGCCAAGAAGAUGAUCCCCCUGCUAAUGUGGAUAUCACGAUCAAGGGAAGGAAGAGAGAAGAUGGGAGCAUUUUUUUGAGGCUCAGGAUUGCAGAUAAAGAUGGCCGUGUGCGUAACAUAUACUUCCCGUUUGACGUCGAAGCCGAUACUGCAUUGAGUGUUGCAACGGAGAUGGUCGCAGAGUUAGAUAUAACUGAUUAUGAAGUGACUAGAAUAGCAGAAAUGAUCGAUGGAGAGGUAGCAUCGCUGGUACCGGAAUGGAAGAUAGGACCUUGGAUGGAGGAAAUGCCAGGAGUUCCUACUACAACUUUCUGUCAGAAUUGUGCAUCCAAUGUCUCAUCAUAUGAUUCACUUAUAGACUACCUUUCACUCAAGAGUCCAUGCUGUGCUAAUGCGCAGUCAAUUCAUUGUUCCAACCUUGAGUGUGCUGCAAUGCAUGGGCGGUUCGAAGAGAUAACAUAUCAAGUUGAGGGAUCUGAGCACACUGUGACCGAGGGGCCAUGGAUGCUAUCUACCAGCCAAUCAAAUGUGCCCGACUGUUGCUCACAAGCUACAAGAGAGAAUUACUCGGAUGAUGAAGAUGACCAAUCAGUCAAGGAUGAGAGAAACAAACACAUGAAUGGCUAUCUGCAUAGCGGCACUAGAAAAUCAUUGGGUCAUCGGUACUCUAGUUCUGACCAACAGUGUUGCCUGGAGGUAACAGAAUUAACAUGCGACUUUCCACCUGAUAAAUCCAAUGAUUACGAAAAUGAGAUCUGUCAAGAAUUGAGAUGUCUCGAUCCCAGGUACCAGACAGAAUUAAGAGAGUAUGAGACUCGACACUUGCAAGAAUCAAGGAGAGCUUUGCAUCCAUCGCCUGAGUUGGGCAACAGGAAGAUGAGAGUGGAGAGUGGCACCGCAGGUUCCUUGGUUAAACCUUCGCAAACUUCUGAUGACAAGCUAAUGAAAUCCUUUCAUUUGGGAACGCAUUUUUCAUUUCGCAUCCCACAUGGCGACACAGACCCAAUCCUUACAAAGAAGAGUUUUCCAGCCGAUACUAAUGCAGGGUAUUGCUGGAGUAGCCGCCCCAAUUUGGGAUCCCAAAGGGCCUGACAUUGUGAGGCGAAUGCUGAGAGCAGCCCCGAGAAGCUCGCAGCAAAGAAUUUCAUUGCUGGAGCUCUUCUGCCAAAUUCUCUUUCGAGAAUCAUGUCUCUUCCAGUUGAUGCAGUGGAUGUUUGAUACCUGCAAGGCAUUGUCAAAUAAUUCCAUCAGCAGGACUGUAUAUUGCUUUUGGCUGAUAAUUUUUAUCAGACUAUAUUAGCUCUUCUGCCUUACUGUAUGGGGGUGGUGAAGUGAAUUGAAAUGUGAUGGGUGCCUUCAUUCGCUCAUGGGCACUAUGUAAUGUUCUUUUGCAUGUUAGAAUUGAAGAGAUCAUUUCAGGCAGACUCUGUAUGAUGUAUCCAAUGCGAUGUAACUUGAUAAAGAUUUACAUGAGAAAUGAGAGGCAUUUCAUUUCAUUUAGAUUCUAAA